AAAAAUUUAGUUAUUAAAUUUUCUGUGAACUGUAAUGACUGCGGGGGCGGUUAUGUAAAAAUUUUCGACUGUUCUUUGGAACUGAUAUGCAUGGAGAAUCCCCAUAUUAUAUGUUUGGACCAGAUAUUUGCGGUCCAGGAACGAAAAAAGUUCACUUUAUUUUUAGCUACAAAGGCAAGAAUCACCUAAUUAAUAAAGACAUACAAUGCAAAGAUGAUGUUUAUACUCAUUUGUACACACUCAUUGUAAAACCAAACAACACAUAUGAAGUGUUGAUUGAUAACGAAAAAAUUGAGUCCGGGAACCUUGAAAAUUACUGGGAAUUUCUUCCUCCAAAAAAGAUUAAGGAUCCAAAUGCAAAAAAAAAAACAGAAGACUGGGAUGAAAGGCCAACAAUUCCAGAUCCAGAGGAUACCAAACCUUCAGACUGGGACAAACCAGAAUAUAUCCCUGAUCCAGAUGCUUCUAAGCCUGAGGAUUGGGAUGACGAAAUGGAUGGCGAAUGGGAACCAUCUAUGGUAGAUAAUCCGGAUUACAAAGGCGAAUGGCAGCCUAGGAAGUUGGACAAUCCAGAUUAUAAAGGCGCGUGGGAGCAUCCUGGAAUUGAGAAUCCAGAAUAUGUACCAGAUGGCAAUCUGUAUUUACGGAAAGAACUCUGUAUAAUUGGAUUUGACUUAUGGCAAGUGAAGUCAGGAACGGUUUUUGAUAACGUACUUGUAACUGAUGACAUCGAAGAAGCUUUCAAGAAGGCAUCCGCAAUUAAAGAUAUACAGUCUGGAGAAAAAAAAAUGAAAGAAGCCUUAGAUGAAGGACGAAAAAAGAUGAAGAAGAAUAAGAAGAAUGCUGGACAAAGAUGA